AUGCCCGGCUGUCUGGGCAUUUUCGGCAUGAGCCCGAAUACGAUGAAGAAAGACUUAAUGGGCCUUUUUUCGUAUUACGGUCCUAUCAAUUACAUCAAGCUGAUCUACGAUGCGAAGACGAACGUGUCACGCGGAUAUUCCUUCAUAUACUUCAAGUACGCGAACGACGCUUGGCAGGCUCAGCGCAGUCUCAAUGGCACCGUGCUGGAUGGGCGCAAGGUACGCAUCGAUUUCUGUACCGCCAAGCCUGACAAGGGCCGUACCGAUCGUCGUAAACGUUCCCCGUCUGCCGCUGCCUCGACCAGCGUCGACCACGGUCGACCACGGUGA